UUUAACCGCCUCCUGCCCGCCAUAUAAGGUAAUGAUGGGCGCAACGCGGUUCUCUCGUUCUGGGAUGUUCAUAUGACGUCCUCCCACUCUAACUGCGCAUGCACGGCUUCGGGGGCGCGCAGCGAUCGGUGGUGCACUAAGUCCCUAGGACACAGCGGAUCACCGAUCGACGGAAAGAACUGAAGAUGUCGGCUUGGUCAUGUGAUCAGCUGUGUCCAAUCACAGCUGAUCGCAUGUAAAUAGGGAAAUGCCGGUUAUCGGCAUUUCUCUCCU